UCUACAAUGUUUGGUAUUCAAGUUGUCCAAUUAUAUACUCACCAACCCACCCAUACACUCACCACCGACGAGAGCACAUGCAAUUGCACCCCUUGGUAACCUGCCUGGAUGCUACUAGUUGAUGAUGGUGAUACUUUAUCCCUAGGGGAAAACGAUGAAGAUGUGGCCGAACUUAACAAAUUAAUGGAUAUGAUGGAAGCUGAAGUUAAUGACAAAGAUGUUGAAACGUUAAAAAAAAAUAAUAAAAGUAUAAAAAAUUAUACUGAUUACACUGUGAAAGUUGAGGAAUCAAAUGUUAUAAAUCCUUCAAAGACUGUUAAAAAUGUAACAUCUCUAAUUAAUCCACCCAAAGAAGAAGUAGAAUCAAUUGAAACUUUAGAGGAAAUAAGAGACUCUCUCGCACAAUGCAUUCAAAUAAAUUCUAGUGUUCCCUUAAAAUCACGAUCACCAUUUAAAAAAAAGAAGUUAAAAUUUCCUUACAGUAAACUUCGAAAAAGUUCACCAUCAAGAUUGCCCAAAAGAUUAUCACCUUUAAGGAAAAAAAAUCUUUCUCCGAGGAGAUACUCUCCUCUAAAUGAUGAAUCUUUGAAAGAAAAAGAAAAAGUCAAACCUGUUUAUGAGCAAAUAGAAUCUAGGUCAAUAGAUCCUGUUUCAUAAAUCAGAAAAAGAAAAUUUGAGUCCAACAAGUUGAUUGCACCACCAAGCAAAAAAAUUCAAAACCAAAAGGAUUUGAAAGUAAUAAAAUUACAAAGAUAUGUUAAAUUAAAUAAUUUUCCAGAGAAAAUGAAUGACAAAAAAAGACCAAGAAUUGUGUUUUGGUAUGAUGAUAUUAAUGAUUUGCUCAUGGAUCAAGGUAAUAGAUUUCAUUAUUACAGAGAAAAAAAAAGAAAACAACGAUAGUAGAACCUGAAACUUUAAAAGUAUAUAGUGCAUCAGUAGAAGAGAUGUUCUAAGAGAAUGAGGAAGA